CCAAAACCCACUAGCUGACCACUCCAUCGUUGACAAAGCCAAAGCCCCUAUUUACCAGUUCCACUUCUUCCUCUUUGAUCUGCAAGACCCAGCUGUCGAUUCCUCGAGAAAGUUUCAGUUUCUUUUUCCUUACAAAACCCAGAAUGCACGAUUUCUGCUUCACGAUCCCUUAUGGCCUGAUUCUCAUUGGUGGAGGUGUAUUUGGCUAUUUCAAGAAAGGGAGCACGGCUUCACUGGCUGGGGGUGUAGGUACUGGUUUAGUGCUUGUCUUGGCUGGAUACUUGAGCCUCAAAGCCUUUGAGAAGAGAAAGAACUCUCAUUUCGCUUUGAUUGUUGAGACAGUUUGUGCAGUCACACUCACAUAUGUCAUGGGGCAGCGUUAUUAUCAAACCUCUAAGAUCAUGCCUGCUGGUAUGGUUGCUGGGAUCAGUGUUCUCAUGACGGGGUUUUAUCUGUACAAGAUUGCAACUGGUGGUAACCAUUUUCCGACCAAGACUGAAUGAAGGCGGUGAGGAUUUUUCAUGAUUCUAAUUUCAACAGACAUGUUUGGAUCAAAGAAGCUCAGAGGAGUGUAUACAAAGAAUUUAGUUGCUUGGAUGGGGCUGUAUUGAUAUGUACUGUACUUGUUGAGUGAGUGGUCUAAUUGUCUAAGUAAGUGAAUGAGACCUGGUUUGUUUGGACGAAAAUCUUGUAUUAUUCUGAGUUGUUCUGAUUUAGUUUUAUUUUCUAAAUUCCAA